AUGAUUCGGUUAAUGGCAGUUCUAGUGUCUGUGGUGUUGUUGGAACUGUCCAGAGGCGGGUUCGGUGCAUCGCUAGGUAACGCUGUGUCACCAUGCCCCAAAGUCUUCCAGUACGCUACGGACACCAUCAAGCAGCAAAUUUAUGGUAUCGUUGAUACGCGUGAUCAGCAAGUGGACAAGAUCGGUAAGCUGGAGUUGCAUCUUUCGAUCGCAGGUGAGCUGCAUUCGAAGUACGUCGGUUCGAUUGAAGCCAUCGAAGACAGUACCCAGAUACUGGAACAGUUCGGUAAAGGGCGCGGCGUAACCUAUCGAGUCAACUUCCCGAUCCAGGAACCACUUCCCAAAAUAACAAAAAUUGUCUUUAACGAGCGGGAACUCUGCACUGGCCCAGCAGACCGUGGUUCGUUCGUAAGUGCCGUGACGCUUCGACACUUCCUGCGGUCCGACUCGUGCAAGGAUAAGUGUGAUCGUACCAAGAUAGUGCCAGCGAAUCUGAACCUUCAGCUGAGUCCUCCCGUGUCUACUACGGCAACGAAAGCAUCCUCGGUGCCGGUACCUGCAACGGGCUUAUCGAUACCGAAGGUGAGAGAAGGCUCUGAUACCACCCAGAAGCUUAACGGCGAAACACCGGCCGUGCAGCAUGAGUAUCAGCGCACGAUCGAGCGUAAGGAGGAAACGAACAAUCCGCAGGACAACAGUACCUCGGUGAAGUACAUCCGGGAGGAGAUCACUUACCGCAAGCAGGUCAUCUCGCCGGGCGGUGCAACGCCCCUGCAAGAUGACGAACUGCAGCUACCCUCGUUCGUGACCAACUGACGUAAG